GAUCCAUUUUCCGUCAAAACCACAGAAACUCUCUUCUAUUUCUCCCCAAAAAACUGGGGAUACCAAAAAUCAGAGAAUCUUCCAAUUCCCUUCUUAAAUCCUCAAUCACCAAUUCGUUCAUGUCAAUCCUCCCUUAAAUCCAUUAUCCAGCAUCAAAAGUACCAGUCUACCACUACUACUACAUAGAGAAACAAAUAAAAUAUUAAAAACAACAGUUUCCACCUUAAACCGCCAUGCCUUGGUUCAGAAAUCUCAUCCACCUCUCCUCCUCUACGACCUUCAGAACACAGUCAUCCCUCAAACCCAUCACUACUGCUACGUCACUUUCCUAUGCUUUUACCCACCAGUUGACACAGUUCAGCACCGCCGCCACCGAAGAGAAGGCGGCGGAGGCGGACGUGAGUGAUAAAGGCAGUGGAGCUGGUACUAUUGCCGCGAGGUAUGCUGGGCUCGCGCCCACGAAGGGGGAUGAGAAGCCGAGGGUGGUGGUUUUGGGCUCGGGAUGGGCCGGAUGCAGACUCAUUAAAGAUAUCGAUACCGGCAUUUACGACGUCGUUUGCGUCUCCCCCAGGAAUCACAUGGUCUUCACUCCAUUGCUGGCCUCCACGUGCGUCGGCACUCUGGAAUUCCGGUCUGUUGCCGAACCCAUUGGAAGGAUCCAACCUGCCAUUUCUCGGGAACCCGGUUCGUACUAUUUCCUUGCUAACUCCACCGGCGUUGAUUUCCAAAACCAUCUGGUGAAUUGCGAAACAGUAACUGAUGGAGCUGGUACUUUGGAGCCAUGGAACUUCACCAUUGCAUAUGACAAGCUGGUGAUUGCAGCUGGAGCAGAAGCGUCAACUUUCGGCAUCAGGGGUGUUAAAGAACAUGCCAUUUUUCUACGCGAGGUUCAUCAUGCUCAGGAAAUCCGGAGGAAAUUGCUUCUUAAUCUCAUGAUCUCUGAUGUGCCAGGAGUUAGUGAUGAAGAGAAACGUAGGCUCCUACAUUGUGUAGUUGUUGGUGGUGGUCCAACAGGCGUUGAGUUCAGCGGUGAACUUAGUGAUUUUAUCACGAGGGAUGUCCGCCAGAGAUACGCUCAUGUCAAGGAUUAUAUACGCGUUACUUUGAUUGAGGCAAAUGAGAUUUUGUCUUCCUUUGAUGAUCGCCUGCGGAUAUACGCAACCAAGCAGUUGAUUAAGUCAGGAGUUCGUCUAGUUCGUGGAAUUGUGAAGGAUGUUCAACCUGAGAAGAUAGUUCUUAGUGAUGGGACUGAUGUACCUUAUGGUCUGCUGGUGUGGUCUACCGGCGUUGGCCCUUCACCUUUUGUCAAAUCCCUGGAUGUUCCCAAAUCACCUGGGGGAAGGAUAGGGGUAGACGAGUGGCUUCGUGUCCCUGCUGUGCAGGAUGUUUUUGCUAUUGGUGACUGCUGUGGGUUUCUUGAAUCUACAGGCAAGCCUGUGCUUCCAGCUCUGGCUCAGGUUGCUGAGCGGCAGGGAAAAUAUCUAGCACAAGAACUGAACAGGAUUGGUAAAGCUGGUGGUGGACGUGCCAAUGCUGCAAUGGAGAUCGAUCUUGGGUCUCCAUUUGUCUAUAGGCAUUUGGGGAGCAUGGCGACCAUUGGUAGAUACAAGGCCCUUGUGGACCUCAGGCAGAGCAAGGAGGCAAGAGGAUUAUCUGUGGCUGGAUUUGGAAGCUGGUUUGUCUGGCGGUCUGCUUAUCUUACGCGUGUCAUAAGCUGGAGGAACAGAUUCUACGUAGCAAUCAACUGGUUAACGACCCUUGUAUUUGGCCGUGAUAUAAGUCGUAUAUGAAGGAACAGGUAUUCGCUGGACAAAUGAAUGGUUUUGCAGAAAUGAUUUCGCAACAGCAGAAGGAAUAAAGCCCUUGUAUUUUGCCAAAAAAAAAAGAAGGAAAAAAAACAAACAAAUUUACUUGUAAUUGGUUGCUUGAUUAAGCAAGCGACCUUCUGUGAUUGGUAUAGUUGCUUCCCUUCUUGUUUGUUCAAUUGGAUUUAAGUAAUUCAAAAGCCACCUUGUGCUCA